AUGAGUGGCUACCAGGACAUGUACAACUCUUCGUCCUCCUCCCGCUCUCCCGGUUCCCAUCGUCACCCACCACAGCAGCUUCGUCGCCAGCCCUCACGCCAGUUUGAUGCCUAUGGCCCAAUGUCUUCUACACUCUACGAGGAACCACCGCUCGGCCGCUAUGACACGACCCCGCUGGACAGGCUGAAUGCCACCAUGCCAAGUGGCUCCUACCCGUACGAUAUAUCCGGUGCUCAGACGUGGAAUGCAAACACUGUUGGUCUGGGUGGGCUCGGGGUCAACUCUGCCACGGCUACAUCUAGGAUGAGGAAUGUUCGUUCACGCACCGCUCUUCCUACUACCUGGUUAGAUCAGCAGAACAGUCUACCCAGUUCAUUCUCUCUGGCUCCUGGUCAGCACCAGCCGUCUCCCCACAUUCGCGCGGAAAACGCACAUGAUACGGAGGAUGAACUUAUACCAACCGCCAUCGUCAUCAAGAAUAUUCCUUUUGCUGUGAAGAAGGAACAGCUGAUACAGCUGAUGACUGAGAUGAACCUGCCAUUGCCAUAUGCGUUCAACUACCACUUCGAUAAUGGCGUGUUCCGUGGUCUGGCUUUUGCAAACUUUACUUCGGCGGAGGAGACAGCUACUGUGAUCGAGCUGUUGAACCAUUUUGAGCUUCAGGGAAGAAAGUUGAGAGUCGAGUAUAAGAAGAUGCUACCCGCGCAGGAACGUGAGAGGAUUGAGAGGGAAAAACGGGAGCGUAGGGGCCAGCUUGAGGAACAGCACAGGCCCAUGGCUACCUCACAAUUGCAACAUCAGACUUCCAUGUCUUCGUUAGCCUCACAUAUGCCGACCACCUCUCCUUCGCCAGUUUCCCAACGCGCAGGUAAACUAGAGGUUGAUAUGAAUGAUGCACAGACGUUGCAGUACUACUCGCAGCUUCUUUUGUUCAAACAAGACCUGAGCAAGGAAGCUCUCAUUUUUGGCACAAACCUCACUCCCGCGCAGCGUCGAAUAGUACAUACAAUCUCCCAUAACAUGGGUCUCGCUCAUACUUCGCGUGGAACUGGCGAUCAGCGCCAAGUGCACGUCUAUCGUGCCGGCCCUGGUGCAAACGUCAGCCCUCCAGUCCCAGCUAUUCCAUCAACAGUCACUUCUGAUGCUGCUCGUCGAGGGCUCUCACGCGCUGCAACCAUUGAUUUCGGCGAAUCCCGCCAUGAACAGCAGGCAUAUGGCAGCAGCAUGCGUCAGUCUUCGUUCUUGAACGUACUAGACUCGCCCAAUCCAGGCGGGUACGCCAACGCCCAGAAUCUUCGUGCUGCCAAGUCCUUCGCAGACCUACGGUCCUUCACCCCAUCACCUGUUCCAUCCUCUGCCAGCUUCCCGGCUGCCCUGCAGACUAACGGUGCUCGUUUCCAGCAGCAACAGCAGGCAUACGAUGCCGGGACAAGCGGAGCCUCCAACACCCCUACUCUCACGCCCACUCCAUCUGGCUCUUCUCUCGGCAUGCAGCGUGUUGACGACAGUCUUCUUGUCAACAGCCUAGGCAGCCUGUCACUUGGUACCUCGGUCGCUGGUGGCCCAUCUGGUUCUCCACGCCGCACCCGCGGCAUCUGGGAUGCUUCUGACCUCCCCACAACCACUGCGGGAUCAAACAACGGAUCUGGCUCCACGGCCGGGGCCAUCGGAUCCAACCGCUCCAUUGGACUUGGAUUUGAUACCCAAAACCAGAGCCAGGAACGGCUCCCCAUGAGACAGCCCCGAGGCCCCGCACCGGAACGAGGUACUGGAUUCCGCCGUCAGAACGGCCACCAGCAACGGGGCAGUGACGAGCUAAGAAGCAAUCCCGGUGUCGAAAUCAUUGUUGAGUAG